GUAACCUCACUCCAUAGAGAUUAGAUACGUUAAACGGUUGAUAACCCGACUGAUAACAAGCUGGUGUUAUUGCGACACAUUUGAGUUCGAAAUCGACACAGAGCUGCAACAACAAUACGACACGGAUCUUGUGCGGACCGCGACUGGACUUCGGACGACGAAACGUCUUGUUGUCGGCAAGACGUCAACGGUAACAGCUGCUAAUCGUUGUCCGUGGUCGUGAAUACCGGACUUGUGUGAACAGAAAAGACACGGCAAAGUCGAAGAAGACGACGGCGGUGGUUUCCGAAAAGGCGAUCUUCCCCUUCCGAGUGCCGCCGUCAGGACAGUUGCCGAUCAUCGAUCACUACUGUUUGUGCCAUCGCCACUGCCGCGAAUCGCGUUUCGCCCCUUAUCCUCUACCGCCGCUGCAAGGUCCCGUAGGUCUGGCAACGGUCCCUGGCGACAUGUUCAAACGUGCGUUUCCGUCUUCCGACGCUAUGGCCACCAACCAGGCGGCGGCCGGAUACAUUCCGACGCCACCGCUUUCGGCCGGAUACAUCCCGACGCCACCAGCCGGAUACAUCCCUACGAUGCCGACCGGAUACAUUCCGACGCCUCCGCCGCCGGUCGGAUCCAUCGCGACACCGCCGACCAACGUUCCGUUCGCACUGCAGCAGUUUGGCCACCAACAGCCAUCCGGCUUCACAGCUUUCACACCAGACUACCAACAUUUCCCAUACACAUUCUCGUCGAUCACACCACCUGCGUACAGCUGGGCCAACACCAACAGCACGCACGUCAUGAAGUUCACAGGAUCAAGUAAUCCACUGCCUUUGGAUACUUCCACAUACCAUCCCAACAAUUUUGGGUCUGUGCCGAAACGCAAAAUCGAUUUGGACGCCGAACUUACACAGCCACCCAAAAUGCGCAUCACCGAAGAAAAAGUAUCCGCAAGUUUACGGGACAUGCAUAUCAGCAGUGAAUUCAAGCCUCAUAAUUACUGCGUUAGCAGUGCCGUCAGUGAAAUGGAUACCGUGGAGAAUCCUAGUCUUAUGGAGACUACCAACAUUCCUGAAACUGCCAAAACAGAUUCUCAGGCUACAUUAGUCAUGUGUGAAGAAUUGCGUAAACUUCACAAGAUCGAUUCCAUCAUACCUCAACCACUACUGACUAAAGUAGAAAGACCAACCAACGCAGUUGUUGUAUGGAACAAUAAGCCUUUAGUGGAAUUAGUCCGUUCAUUCUCUCAGUACCAGGAACCCAAAUCGACUGUCGUGAUAACCGAGAUCACUGAUGAAGAAGAAAACGAAAUUAACAACAGAGAUGUAAUGUGUGUUGAAGAAAAUAAUUGUAUCGCCGUUGAAGAUGUUAACAUGGAGCUUUGAUGGAACCUUGAUCUGGGUUUGACUCACGGUAGGCGAGUUAACUUACUGCCAAAUAAAUAACAUUUGAAAAAAAAAAACAAAUAAUUAAUAUAAUUUUUAAAUGUAUUAUUUUUAAUUUUAAAUAGUUGUAAGAAGAAAACAUUUUUUUUUUUUUUGUAUGUUAUUCUGUGUGAUAAUAUUAAAUACUGUAAAAAACAUAUUAUAAUGUAAGAUUAAUUACUCAUUUUAAUAUAUGUACAUUUAUAUACUUUUUUUCAAUACUAGUUAUCCUCAACAAAAAUUAAUGCGUGAAAUGUUAAGCAGCAAGACGUGUUAGUUAACAGAAUAUAUGCAUGGCAAAGGUUAAA